AUGAAAAAGGAUGCUAGUAACACUGAAAUAAAGAAACAAGUUGCUGUUGUUGUACCUCUUAUAACCGGAAAAACAAAAAACGGAAACGGGCAGGAAAGUAACGAAAGGAUCAUUACAAAAAAGGCUGAAUCAUUAACUAAACCAAAAACAGAUUCGAUGAAAGCUAAUGAAAAAAUUCAGGAAGUCAUAACACAAGAAGAAUCAUUGCCGGAAAUAAAAGAAGGUAUAAUGGAAAUUGCUGAUGACGACGAUCCAAGAUAUAAGACAUUGUACAUUUUUAUGGACAAAAAAUUUGACAUCUUUGGCCCUGACAAACGAAAAUCAGGACAGCCUGAAAUUGGUACGAUGAAAAACAUAUCUGAUGAGGAGUUCGCUGCUAAAAUUGAAGAAAUCAAAGCACGAUAUGAAACGAUAGCAAAGAAGGAUCAGCGGAUUGAAAUCAAUUGGGAUACUUUAUUUCAAGCAAAAAAUAUCGAAAAAAAUGAUAAUGUAUUAAUAUUUACACUACCAACGGAAGUUGUGUCAAAAAUGAAAAAAAAAAAGAAAAGAAGAAAGAAAUAA